GUUGCCUGUCGUCAUUUCCCCAAAACAAAACGGAAACUGGCGAGCUCGAGAAAUAGGGAAAAGCUGUGCUGGGUAAUGGUCGGAUGAAUAAUUUGUUCGACUAACCCCGCGUAAAAAAAACAAGGAACCGUUCACGGUUUUUUUGCUUUUUAAUAAAAAGGUUGUCGAAGGAACACCCUUGAUAAUGUCUGCCCAAGCUCAAAUGAGAGCGCUGCUCGACCAACUCAUGGGAACAGCGAGGGAUGGUUCAGUGUAUCAUUGCCAGCCUACAUCAAUCUGCAAAGGAGUUGCAGAAAAGCCUCAUGUUCAUCGAGCCGAGACGAGACGCGGCAGAGGGUCAAGUUCACCGAUGAGCGGGUGUGCAAGAGUCAUCUUCUCAACUGCUGUCCACAUGACAUCCUGUCAGGAACUCGUAUGGACCUGGGGGAGUGUACAAAGAUCCAUGACUUGGCACUUCGGGCGGACUAUGAAAUAGCCUCUAAGGAGAGAGAUCUUUUCUUUGAGCUUGAUGCGGUUGAUCAUCUGGAGUCAUUCAUUGCUGACUGUGACCGAAGAACUGAGCUCGCAAAGAAGCGUCUGGCAGAAACUCAGGAAGAGAUCAGUGCUGAAGUGGCAGCAAAGGCAGAGAAAGUGCACGAGCUGAAUGAAGAAAUUGGGAAGCUUCUGGCCAAGGCUGAGCAACUUGGAGCUGAAGGGAACGUGGAUGAAGCUCAGAAGGUUCUGCAGGAAGUGGAAAAGGUCCGCACCAAGAAAAAGGAUGCAGAGGAGGAAUACAGGAACUCCAUGCCAGCUUCCAGCUUUCAGCAACAGAAACUCAGAGUUUGUGAGGUGUGCUCUGCAUAUCUAGGUCUCCAUGACAACGACCGCCGUUUGGCUGACCAUUUUGGCGGAAAGCUUCAUCUGGGCUUCAUUCAGAUAAGAGAGAAACUGGACCAGCUUAAGAAAACGGUGCUUGAAAAGCAAGAGAAGAGGAACCAGGAGCGCUUAAAGAGACGAGAAGAGAGAGAAAAGGAGGAGAGGAUGAAGAGGAGAACCAGAUCCCGGAGCAGGGACCACAGAAGGUCCCGUUCUCGUGACCGCAGGAGGAGGCGCUCACGCUCCGCAUCCCGGGAAAGACGCCGUUCUCGGUCACGCUCCAGGGACAGGCGGAGGAGGCACCGCAGCCGGUCCCGCUCACGCAGCCGAGGGCAUCGACACAGCCAUAGCCACGAGCAGAGCUCCAGACACAAGUCUUCGAGGGAUCGAGAGCGCUCGUCCAGAGACCGUUCACGGGAGCGAGACAGGAGGGACGGCGUAAACGGCAGGUCGGACUCCCGCCGAGCCGAAGACAAGGACAUGGGAGACUUCUAAAGACCAAACCCCAUCUACUCCACCACGCCUGUCCUCUCUGUCCAUUGAUGAUAUUCCAGUGUUGCAUACAGUCUUUGCCUUGACUCCUUUUUACUCCUUCUUUCUCUUUUAUUUGUAAAUCCUGCCCCAUCCUCAUCAUAGAACUCGUUUGUUUUUGUUUGCUUUUUGUUUUCUAGUUUCCAAAUCUCUGAGAAAGCUUCAGGAUUUGGCAGGUUGGUUAAUAAUUAUAGAUGUAUUAAAUGCCCACAUCUAUAAUGUAGUUUUAAGCAAACACAUCCUUAUUAUAAAUCCCCCUAAAAUGAGUCAAACAUAGUAAACAGAUCAGUUUAUGGGAUUGAAUUAAAACAUGUUCAAGUUCCUGAUUCUUUUAUUGCAAACUGAGAAAACCUUGUGAAAUAGAAGCUCAGUUAAUAAUUGAGCCCACAAACUGUCAUUGUUAAAGACAAUUGAUUCUUUUCUUUCUUCUCUGUGUACAAAUGCAUUUCUUGAAUGUCUGUUCACAUAAAUAUCUUCAUUACUUUGUUCUCGGAGGCUAAAAUUUCAAAUUAAAAUGACAGAGGUUUUAAAGUUGGUUGGA